AUGAGGCCGUCAGCUUCUGGCACCCGAGCAUGGUGCUCUAGCCUCUUGCUUCUUGUAGCAGCACAAACUACCACCAGCUUCUCACCUUGGACCCGGUCAACCGCUCUAGGUGUCACUGUUCCAGCUUCUGCAGAGGGCGCAUCAUAUGGACAGUCUUCCUCCUUUGCCUCGUUUUCGUUCGAGCCUGCGUUCUGGGUGGAGUUCUUUGGCAAUGCAAGCAAGCCAAACACUCUCACUUUCGAACUGCUCUCACGCAUCCACGAGAGAGGUGGAAGACCCAUCAUCCGACCGGGAGGGAUCACCAUGGACAGCAUGAUCUUUGAUGCGUCUGCGGGAGACCCUGAGCGCACAACAAGCCCAAGUGGCGGAGUGUAUCGAACAACGGUAGGACCCAGCUACUUCCACAGCUGGUCCAAUUUUCCCCAGGGUACAAAGUUCGUCUCGACGCUCAAUUUCGGAAAUGACAGCCUCGAUAUUGCCCGCGACAUGGCGCUAGCUUCAGUCAUGUACCAGCAGGAGAAGAUCGAAUAUUUCGAACUCGGCAACGAACCCACAAACUAUCCAAGUACGCGCUGGGAUAACAGCACAGCCGCAUACGUGCAGCAGUGGAAGCAGUGGACAGGUGAAAUUGAUACAGCAGUCAAUCACACCUUGGGCGCAAAUGCCUCUCGACUCGGCAGUGACCGAUGGUGGGCAUCGUCUGCAACCACGGACAAAUCUGGACUCAACGUCCGGCCGGCCGAUAUUAUUCCUGCCGGCGUGGACUCGGCCGAUCAAGUCGCCGAAUACUCGAUCCAUUCGUAUGCAUUUUCGACCUGUGACCCUGGCCGUGCCGCACUGGCUACCACCCAGAACAUCCUCAACCAUACCGAGCUCACCACAUACGCAGAUGAGGAGAUCUACCCGUCCGCUAAAGCUGCGUUGGACUCUGGAAAGCCUUGGGUCGUCGGAGAAUUCAACUCGAUCUCCUGCUCGGGCCAGCCGAACGUCACCGACACGUUCGCGCAAGCUCUAUGGACAGUGGAUGUCGAGCUGAUCUACGCUGUCCGCAAUGCCUCGUCUGUUCAUUUGCAUCAAGGCGCCACUUUGGUAUUUCAGAGCGACAACCAGGUCAACUCCGCUGGUAGCGAUGGCUCGCCGGGCUACUCCACCUAUGACAUACUCUAUCCGCGAGAUAGCCGUAAACGUGGCAAAGCUCGCGCCUUGCCUAGUUUUGUCAGCCAACUGUUCAUGGCUGAAGCGUUCCAUACAUCACAGAACGGAGCUGCUGGCGUUCGGGUGAAAGAACUCAAACCUCCGCAAGGUGUGGACUCGGCGCGAUUUGCAGGUUAUUCCUUCUACGUGAAUGGCAAGUUGAGCAAAGUGGCCUUGUUGAACAUGAAACCACUGUACGCAAACUCGACUGAGGAUUUCUCGUUGGACCUGAAUCUGGGCUUGAGCGGCCAGGCAUGGGUCAAGAGAAUGACGGCUCCAUCCGUUGACGAGACGAGAUCCCAGAACGUCACAUGGGCAGGACAGUCGUUCCCGAAUGGAGAAGCUAUAGGCAAACUCGAGAUCGAAGAGGUAGGAAAAGGAGGUAGUGUUAGUGUCAGAGGGAGCGAGGCAGUGCUCAUAUUCCUUGACAAGAAUGAUGUAUACGGCCUGUGA